GAUCGCACACAAUUUGCUUUCGCGUUCAAAGUAGAAGUCUUUAUUCAAGGGAGAUAUCGGAACGCCAUGGCCUUAUCUCUGACAGAUAUUGGCCACUCACUCCUACAUCUUGAAAAGUCCUUCCUUGCUACGGUGGCAAUAGACUUUGGCACAACCUACAGCGGGUUUGCCUUCUCAUUCAACAAAGACGAUGGUGAAGAUGCGAUUUUUAUGAACAGAGACUGGGAAAAUGAACAGGGGCACCGAACUAGUAAGACCCCUACAUGUCUGCUUCUUAAACCAGAUUUGUCAUUUGACUCGUUUGGUUACAAAGCUGAAGAAAAGUACGCAAAUCUGAAUAACCUAUCUGAGGAAAAGGAAUACAUGUUUUUUCGGCAUUUUAAAAUGCUUCUACACAAUGAUGAGAGCCUGAAUCUUAACACCAAGAUAGCUGCUGCAAACGGAAAACUCUUUCAUGCGAAACAAGUGUUUGCUCAUUCUAUCCGGUUUCUGAAAGAACAAGCGCUCAACAUCAUUCGGCAAGAGACAAGAGAUGAUGGAUAUAAAAUGGGGGAUAUCCAGUGGGUUCUGACCGUACCAGCCAUAUGGACUCCGAGGGCGAAGCAGUUUAUGCGUCAAGCAGCCUAUGAAGCUGGCCUUGGGUCAUCUGAAAAUCCAGAGCAGUUGAUAAUCGCUUUAGAACCUGAAGCUGCGGCACUGUUCUGCACAGAAAAAUACCUGGAGAGGAUGGGGGUUGUGUCGUUUGAAGGGCAGCUCUCCCAGCCCAAUGUACACUAUAUGGUUGUCGACAUUGGAGGUGGUACUCUUGAUGUGACAGCGCAUGAAAAACAAAUUGAUGGUACCAUCAAGGAGAUCUACAAAGUAACGGGUGGACCUUAUGGGGGCGUGAAGGUGAAUGAGCAGUUUAAGAGCCUUUUGGACCAAAUAUUUGGUCAGCAGAAAAUGUAUGAUUAUCGCCAACAAUUCCCUUCUGAUUGGCUAAAGCUCAUGAGCGAUUUUGAAAUAAAGAAGCGCGGAGUCCGGGUCGUUCAGCAGAAAGAGACAAGAAUCCGCCUGCCACGCAGUUUUGUCUCCUGGGUCAAUGACGCUGUUACAGUGGCUCUAAAACGCUAUGCAAAUGGUGAAAUCAGAAUCCUCAACAAUGAGUACCUUUGCUUGAGUUCUAGAGUUAUGGUGAGGCAGUUUCAGCCAGUGUUGGAAGCCAUGAAGGAUCACUUAAGGUUGCUCCUCACCGAGCCACGGCUUUCGAAAGUCUCUGUGAUGCUACUAGUUGGAGGAUUCGCGAAUUCUCUGAUCCUGCAGGAUGAAAUCACGACAGAGUUUUCCAGAAGGUGUAGUGUAGUCAUUCCUAAUGAUACCAGUGCGGCUGUUGUCCAAGGUGCUGUCUUAUUUGGCAAGAAUCCAGGCAGAAUAAUCCAGAGAGUCGUCUGCAAGACGUACGGAGCAGACUGCUGCCGAGAGUUUGUCCGCGACGUUCACCCAGAUGGAAAGAAGUUUGUCGCAAAUGGCGUGGAGAUGUGUAGUGAUUUGCUCAACUGCUUUGUCAAGGAAAAUGAAGUCGUUAGACUUGGACAACAAGUAAAAAGUAUCUAUCGACCAUUGUAUCCAGACGAAAAGCUGGUCAAAUACUCCUUCUACGCUGCAGACAACCCCAAUGCCCUUCUCGUCACCGAAGCUGGAGUAAAAAGGAUUGGAAGCGUUGUGGUUGAGUCUCCUGAGACGUGGAGAGGUUUGGAGAGAGAACUGGAAGUCAGUCUGUAUUUUGGAGGAACAGAAAUAACCGCAACAGCUCGAGACAUUUCUAGUGGCAACACGGCGCAAACUACUCUAGACUUUUUUCACACCAAGUAAUGGUUAGACGGAA